ACUUCCCUAUCCAGCCAGCUCCAGGUCUGACUGGUUCUCUCUAGGCGACUGCUGGGCGUACGCAGUGGUGGGCAGCAUCGAGGCUGCGCUCGGCAUUCUCGCCAACACUACAGUGGCGCCGGUGCUGUCAGUGGAGCAGCUCAAGACCGCCAUGAAGGUCGGCUGCUCAGGCAGCACGCCCUCUCAGGCCUUCCAACUGCUGCUCAAGCUGGCACAAAAGGGAGGCGGGCUCAUGCCUGAGAGACAGUGGGCAAUCAAGAACGGCAAGAAGCCCGUAAAGGCAGGCAGCAGCAGUCCGCUCUGCACGCCGCUCAUGAAGCCACUGGCGAAGCUGUUUGGGGUGUCGUGCGACAAGGGCGGCGCUGGCACUAUCUCUGUGAGCCUCAAUCCUCCUCCAUACCCCUUCCUCCACAUCUGCCACCAGCCCCCCGGUGGCUUCCCCAUCAGAGGCUUUGAGUCGACAUCCUUCUACGGCUGGUUUGGGCUGCUGCUGGCCGUGCAGCGGCAGCCAGUGGUGGUGCACAUUGAGGCUUCCGCUGCGUCCUUCAAGGAUUACGAUGGGCUGUCCAAGUACCAGGACCCAGCGUGCUUCACGUACAAGCUGAACCACGUGGUGCUGCUGGUGGGGUACCGCCUGGUGGGCAAGGACUCGCGCUUCCCCCACAUGGCGCCGCCCUUCUGGAUCAUCCGCAACUCAUGGGGGCCUGACUGGGGCGAUGGGGGUCACAUGCGCAUGGACAUCCAGGGGGGGGAUGGCGUCUGCGGCAUCAACUCCCUGCCGGGCCUCUACCCUGUGGUCAGAGGUGAGUGUGAUAUCAAAGUACCCAUCUCUGCAGUGCUGGCCCAUGCGAACCCACAUGCGUUGCUACGUGGCACUCCCUGCGUGUCCCUCCUUCUAUCUACCUGCAGGUACCUCUGA